AUGGAUUUCGACAUCGAGAUGGGAGACGCUGCGCCGGUCACGCAAGACCUGCCAGCAGAGGAACUGCCGCUGGCCGAUGAUAUUUUGGGAACGGCCGAACCGCAGGAGCCCGGAGAGCUGGUGGAGGACGAAUCUGCCAACCCGGAUGAGAACGAACGCAAAACUUUGAUUCCCAAUAAGCUGCAUGUUCGAGGUGUCGAUACCUUGCAUACGGACGAUAUAAAAGCAUACAUCAAGAGUCAUUUUGGGCCGGUGGACAAGAUUGAGUGGAUUGACGAUGGUUCAGCAAACCUGGUGUUUGCUAACGAGCUCACAGCCCGAGAUGCCAUCAUGGCGUUGAGCGCCAUUGAGGUAGUCGACGUGACAGUUUUGCCGCCGGGAGAGACUCUGCCGGCUAAGCCGUUUGAUGGGAAACCAGAAAUUUCACUACACGUUCGCUUCGCUGUCAGUAGCGAUAAGAAGCAGGCUGGAGCCGCACUGCGCAGCAGAUACUAUCUCCUACACCCGGAGCAUGAUCCCGAAGAACGGCGCCGGAGAUACAAAGAAAACAGGCCAAGGUACAGAGAGAGAGACGACGAUUAUCGCAGAAAUGCUGGCCGGCGAAGGCGCGACUCGGACGAUGAUGUCGAGACCUUCGAGGCCAGCAUGUAUGACGACAUUCCUCGCUCGAGUCGCUCGCGACCAGACUCGGCCCCAGAGGCCAAUUCGAGAUCGUACGCCGAGGAGAACCGUGGAAAAGAGCUAUUUAUGAAAAAAUCCACCAGACGCGAUAGGUCGGCUUCCCCCCGACGAGACCGCGACGGGGAUGCUCGGAUGGCUGAGGGGGAAGGCUCCUCGCACAGAAAUAGAAGCCAGGCCAGAUCUAUCAAAAAUCGUAUAGUGGCCGAUAAUAGUAGCAAAGAGCUAUUCCCAACCAGAGCUAGUGGACGAGGUGGCCAACUGGAUCAACUUGAAGAUUCUAUUGGCUCUGCAAGGCUAGAAGAUCAGGACCUUCCCAAGAUCGUCGACAUCUCUGACGCCCAAUCUGGCAACUCUAUCAACAUUCGAGGUCUGGCCAACCAGAGAGUCGAUGAUAGGGCUGGGUUUUCUAUACGAGGAGCUGCCACCACGAGUGCCCGGGAGCUGUUUCCCGACAAGCUGGGCACAAGCAAUGCAGGCAAGGAGCUGCUGGAUCCAGCGCGUUCAAAGCGAAGACAAAGGGCCGAGGACCUUUUCACCUAA